AUGGCCGAAGAGCAAACACCAGCCCUCGCACAGGGCUCCGCCUCCACCAUCAGGGUCGGCACGCGCAACUCGCCUCUGGCCCUGGCCCAGGCGGACAUCGUCGUCGCCGCGCUGCAGGCCGUGCUGCCGACGCACUCGUUCCCCAUCCACGGCAUGACCACGACCGGCGACCGCGACCAGAGCACGGCGCUGUACAACUUUGGCGGCAAGGGCCUGUGGACGACGCAGCUCGAGGACCGGCUCGCGGCGGACGAGCUCGACAUCAUCGUCCACUCGCUAAAGGACAUGCCCACGACGCUGCCCGACGGCCUGGUCCUCGGCUGCGUCACGCGGCGCGAGGACCCGCGCGACACCCUCGUGCUCAAGAGAUCCCUCGCCGAGCAGCACGGGUGGAAGACGCUCGCCGACCUGCCCGCGGGCAGCGUCAUCGGCACCAGCAGCGUGCGCAGGAUCGCCCAGCUGGCGAGGCGGUACCCGGCCCUGCGCUUCAAGGACCACCGCGGCAACAUCCAGACCCGCCUCAAGAAGCUCGACGACGACCCGGAGCUGACGGGCAUCAUCCUCGCCGCGGCCGGCCUGCAGCGCAUGGGGCUCGACGCCCAUAUCUCGCAGUUCCUCGAGUCGGACAACGGCGGCAUCCUGCACGCCGUGGGACAGGGCGCGCUGGGCAUCGAGUGCCGGGCCGGCGACGACAAGGUGCUGGCCGCGCUGCGCAUGAUUGAGGACAAGGAGGCCGGGCUGGCGACCGCGGUGGAGAGGAGCCUGAUGCGGGCGCUCGAGGGCGGGUGCAGCGUCCCCAUUGGCGUCGAGACCAAGUGGGUGGAGCCGGGCCAGCUGAGGCUGCGGGCGACGGUCGUGUCAGUGCAGGGCACAGAGGGCGUCGACGGCGAGGCCAUUGAGCCCAUUGGCACGCCGGAGCAGGCCGAGCAGUUUGGGAAGCGCAUGGCAGCCGAUCUGGUCAGCCGGGGCGCAAACAAGAUCCUGGACGACAUCAACAAGAACAAGCCUGCGCCACCACCGCCGGCGAAAUGA